UCUGCAAAGUCAUGAUAAGUUUGGAACCCCAAACCUCUGGUAUCUGAUCUGUUAAUGUUGCGUUGUCUCGCUCGCAGCUGUUGGUUACACCAGUGCUCACUUGUAAGCCAAAGACCUAUUAGUCCCUGACCGUUUGUCAGCGGUCACUUUCUGUUCUGCCUCGAGGGAGCGAAAGAGAGAGAAGACGGGAUAUCGCUGAUGCUUCCCCGUCUUUCGGGUCCGGAUCAUGAGAGCUUUAUUCAGUCUCCUGUAAGCCGCAUUCGUUUGUUUUUGCAUCAACUUAGACGAGUGUGGAUCCGCGUCGCUGCAGCGCCGGUGAGACCCGACCAUUGAGCCUGAAAGUACGUGCAGGGAAUCCUAAACCCAGCUUGGAGUGAUUUUCUUUCUGAACUGAACUAGAGCAUCGUCUAAUCGAAUUACCUCAGCCAUUCCUCAUUGACCACCUCUAACUUGGACGCUUUUAUUGUUGCAUGUAUUGAUUGCGAAUAGAGACUCGCCAAGUUAUUCUUUUUUUUGGACAAAGAGUCGAAAUGGCGUCCCUGUAUCAGAGAUUCACCGGCAAGAUCAACACAAACAAAUCCUUCCCUAACCCCCCGGAAGCGAGCCAUCUCCUCGGGCAAGGUGUCGGGGGGGAGAGGGCGGUGGAGAGCCAGCGACCCCUGCUUCAGUAUCGUCAGCACAGCGAGGACGAGGAUGAGCUGGUGGGCAGUAACCCUCCGCAGAGGAACUGGAAGGGAAUAGCGAUCGCCCUUCUUGUCAUUCUGGUCAUCUGCUCGCUGAUCGUCACCUCCGUCAUCCUGUUGACACCAGGUGAGGACGACCAGCUGGCUCUCAAAGGCAAGGUGACGGUUGCAGACCUCUUCAGAAAAGACUUCAAGGUUCACGACCCUAACGCCAAAUGGAUAAGCAGUAAUGAGCUAUUAUACCGCAAUCGUGAUGGCGACGUUGUCAAGUUCAACGUCGACACGGUUGAGGAGACUAUCUUGGUGCAUAACAAGAAGUUUGAAAUGUACAAAGCCAGCAAGUAUGAGGUGUCUCCUGACUUGAAGCAUGUGCUGCUGGCCUACAACGUUGCACCGGUGUACCAGCAUUCUUACACAGCCUUCUACAUCAUCUGCAGUCUGGAUACUCCGGCAACGUGGAACUUGAACCCUCCAGAGGUGCGAAAUGCUCAGCUGCAAUACGCAGGCUGGGGACCCCAGGACCAGCAACUGAUCUUUGUUUUUGAGAACAACAUCUACUAUCGCUCCAGGGUGGACAACCGCUCCAUUCGUCUUGUGUCUACUGGCAAGGAGGGCGUCAUCUUCAAUGGGCUCAGUGAUUGGCUAUAUGAAGAGGAGAUUUUCCAGUCCCACAUUGCCCAUUGGUGGUCUCCAGAUGGGGCCAGGUUAGCGUACGCCACUAUCAAUGACACCCUGGUGCCCAGGAUGGAGCUGCCCAUGUUCACGGGCACACCCUACCCAAUGGGGAAAGAGUACCACUACCCUAAGGCUGGCGAGGAGAACCCAGUUAUCACCCUGUAUGUUGUGAACCUUAACGGCCCUCUUCACACCAUCGAGAUGAGGAGACCUGAUGAUCCCAGGAUGGGUGAGUACUAUGUCACCAUGGUAAAAUGGGCCACCACCACCAAACUGGCCAUCAACUGGCUGAACAGAGCCCAGAACAUCUCUAUACUCACGCUGUGUGAGGCCACAACGGGAGUCUGCACAAAGAAACAUGAGGAUGAAAGUGAAGGAUGGCUGCACAGACAGAAUGAGAAGCCUCUGUUUUCCAAAGAUGGGCUGAAACUGUUUUUUACCCGCGCCAUUCCUCAAGGAGGAAGGGGCAAGUUCUUCCACAUCUCCAUGUCCAUCUCCCAGCCCAACACCAGUACAGACACACUGCAGUCCAUCACGUCCGGAGACUGGGAUGUCACCCAAGUCCUGGCCUAUAAUGAGGACAGCCAAUUGAUAUACUUCUUGAGCACUGAGGAUGGUCCAAAGAGAAGACAUUUGUACAGUGCGGACACCUUUGGUUCAUUCAACCGUCGCUGUCUGUCGUGCGCCCUCUUCGACAGCUGUGACUAUAUCAGCGGCUCCUUCAGCCACAACAUGAGCUACUUCCUGCUCAACUGCCAAGGACGGGACAUCCCGUUUGUAGCCGUUUACAGGACGCAGAGAGAUGGAGAAAGUGAGACACAAGAUAGGGAGAGUAUUGAGGAGGUCUAUAAACUGGAGAGCAACGAGAACCUGAGGCUGACUCUGGGCUCCAUGCAGAUGCCCACGGUGGAGUACAAGGAGAUCAACAUGGAUGAUUACACCUUGUCGAUGCAGAUCCUCAAACCUGCCGGCUUCCAGGACAGUGGACACUAUCCACUGCUGCUGCUCGUCGACGGGACACCUGGUGGCCAGAUGGUGGCGGAGCAGUUUCACAUGGACUGGGCCACGGUGCUGGUGAGCAGCUUCGGUGCCAUCGUGGUGCGCUGCGACGGACGAGGCAGCGGCUUCCAGGGCACCAACCUGCUGCACCGGAUCCAGAAGAAACUGGGGGUGUACGAGGAACAGGAUCAGAAGGAAGCACUCAAUUUUAUUUUGAAAGAGCCCUACGUUGACAAAACCAGAGUUGGAGCUUUUGGAAAGGUGUAUGGCGGCUAUGUGACCAGCCUGUUGCUCAGUGGAGAGGAAUCCCCUGUAAAGUGUGGUGCCGUCCUCUCACCCAUCACAGACUUUGAAUUAUACGCGUCUGCAUUUUCAGAGCGAUAUCUUGGGUUGCCUAAACCUGAUCCAAGGGCGUACACAAUGGCUAAUUUAGCACACAGAGCAUCUCAGUUCAUGGAUAAGAAGUUUCUUAUUAUUCAUCCAACAGCUGAUGAAAAGGUCCAUUUCCAACAUACAGCAAAAUUCAUCGCUCAGCUCAUCAAUGAAAAGGCCAACUAUACCUUACAGAUCUACCCAGAUGAAGGCCACUUCAUUCACAGUGAAGCAACAAGGCAGCACCUCAGCCAGUCCCUGGUGAACUUCUUCGAGGAAUGCUUCAGGCUACCUGAACGAGUGUUUGAGGAGGUCCUGGAGGAGGAGAGCGAAGAUGAGGGUUAGCUUGGCCUCUUCAUGUGCCCCAAAACCUUCCCACCUAUAUGUUCACCUACCUAACCUCCAUCCUGUCCCUGUGCCUAAGCACAACACUGGCAUACAGUUUUUCCACAAUAUGCAACUCUCGUCUGUUCUUGCUCAAUUUGAUUUGCAUUUGGACUCCCAGCAUCAGCAUGCUGAACCUGAGACUGCCUUUCCAGCAGACGACGGAUAUAGUCCUACAUCCAUCCUCGCACCUUCUGCCCAGACUUCAAGUCCAAACGGCCCCCAGAGAGCCAACAGAUUGAUGAGUUGACAUGAUGUUUUGGAAUAUACUUAUUGAUUUAACAAGGAGCUGUCUCCUUUUCAGCAGGAUGGACCAGCUCCUUAAAAGCAGUGGAGACAAAGCGUCAGCUUUCACACAGACUUUCAAGCUGUGAGGAGAAGGAACACCUAUAGCACAUAACUUGUGGGCUUGUAUAUUGAUGAAAAUCAGACGCCUGGUGAAAAACACUGGUUGACAGUGUUCACAAUGAGUGUCUGGAAUUGUGCCGAUACAGGAAAUGUUACUAUUUUUAAAGUUGUGAAGACUUUCAUGUUGGAUUGUGGUUGUGUCUAUUGUUCUUACAGUAUGUAAAAUAGCACACAGACAUUGACUUGGCUAUUACGGAUACAUUUUUCUUGUUUGCCCCGAUGUUCAUCUCGUAGCCUCAUUUUAUGUACUUGAGUGACGCUGCCAUAAUUCUCUAACUGGCAAAAUGUUUUGGAAGAAAAAAAGCACCAUGAGUUUCCUGAUGUUCAUUUUAGACAUUUUAUUGUUACGAUCCAGUGUUUUUUUUCCAGAAGCAUUAACUUGUUUUAGUCACUGUGCCUUACUGUGUCAGAAAACAUCUUGCUGUGGGACUGCAUUUAUUAACUACAAGGCCAAUUUUGUAGGAACGGUUUGAUUUUGGGAAAUAAACGUCUGAGCUUAGCUUCUUGUUGAGUUAGAUGAGAAAUUUGGUUCCACUCUCACACCUGCCCGUUACAUAUGAAGCUAGCUUAGCAUAAAGACUGGAAGAAAAUAGCUUUGUCCAAAAUUCCAGGAAGUCAUUGCUUCCAGUUUUCCCUGCUUUCACUCUUUAUGCUAAGUUAAGAUAAGCAUUUCCUGGAUUUAACCCAAUAGUUAGCCGACCGAUAUGACAGUGGUAUCAAUCUUCGUGAAAAAGCAUAUUUCUCAAAAUGGCAGCUAUUGUUUAAAUCUAUAGCUUGAACUAGAUCAUUACGAAAUUUUAAAGUUUUUAAAAGGAAUAUCAACCAUUCUUUGGAAAUAUGCUUAAUGACGACAUUGCACCAUAUAGAAAUGUACAGAAUCUGCAUGCAAAAUUGCUUAUUAGAAUUGUAGGUGAAGAAAACUGUCCAGAAACGGCAGUGUUUUUUAUUAAAAGUGUCCCACUUGGCUUAAACCAGUAAAUACUUUGUUCAAGGCAAGAAGCCAUUAAGAUUAGAGUUAUACCCUGAGCAAUUAUGCAUUUGGCUAUAAAGGGGAGAAUUGUACAAUGAAUACAUGACAUACAUAAUGAAGAAUUCUUAAGGCACACAUUUAAUUUUCCAUUUCUUUAUUUAAAUGAACAUUUGCGUUACGUUUCAGUGCAUGUAAAGGUUAUUUGCAGCACUACCCUUGAUAGCUCAGUUCCACAUGGUCAUUUUGACAUCUUGAAUGUUCCUUACUGGAUUGCAUAAUUACAUCUCCAGUAGUAUUGUGAUUGAGAUCCCAGUCUCGUCAGCUUGAUGUGUAAAUGUUAUUCAAAUAUCAUUUUAUUCUAAGAAAAAAAGAAACAAUAUUACCUGAGUGUUAUUUGUGCAUAAAGCAUUUUGGAAGUUA